GACAUUGACAGUGAUAACAGUAAAAAUUUGACGUUUCCGGCUGACCUUCAAUGAAAUGAGCUUUUGUUUGACCUUGAGAAUUUGAAUUGGGAACCUCGAUUGAUUUCGGAAUCGGAAUUCGGAAACCUUGUCCGCUUGCGUCGAUAAUGAGUAACUUUUUUACCUGAAAAUAAUAUAUAUUUAAACUCAGAUUUUUUGCAAGUAAUUGUUUGAUACAAGUACUUAAACCCACCAGAAAUGUGUGGUCGAACCGGACUGUCGCUAAAUAAAGAAAAGGUUCAAUGUGCUUGUGGAUACAAAUCAAAAAAGUCUAAUUUAUAUACCAAACCUUCUUGGCUGCCAGAAUAUAACGCGGGCAAAGAGUAUACUCCCUCGUACAACAUUGCUCCAACGGACGUUACUCCAGUGCUUGUAUCUUCUAACAAAUUCCCAAACGUAGAAAAUGAACGAGUUCUUAAACCUAUGAUGUGGGGUAUUAUCCCGCCAUGGCAUAAGGGAGAUUACAAGACACAUAACCUGAGUACAAAUAACUGCCGUCUAGAGAAUAUAAAGAGAUCCAAACUAUAUAGCCCUAUAUUAAAUAAUGGAGGUAGAUGCAUAAUUGUAGCUGAGGGUUUCUACGAAUGGCAGACAACUAACAAGUUGUCUAAGACCAAACAGCCAUAUUAUGUCUAUGCUCCACAGGAUGAUGGCAUAAAGAUUGAUGAACCAGAAACAUGGAACAACAGUUUUAGUGAAGAAACCGGCUGGACAGGAAUACACCUACUUCAUAUGGCUGGCUUGUAUCAAGUCUGGCAACAUGAGGACACAAUUAUUUACUCAUAUUCUGUCAUAACAAUGGAGUCCAAUGACACCUUGGAUUGGCUGCAUCACAGAAUGCCUGCUAUUCUAAAUAGUGAAGAACAGAUUGAGGCAUGGCUUGACAUAGACAGUGUGAAGCCUGAUAUGGCCCUCAGUUAUCUCAAGCCAGUAAAACUACUAGCCUGGCAUCCAGUUUCAAGUGGAGUUAACAAUUCCAGAAACAAAAGCGCUGAUUGCAAUAAGAGAUUCAUCAAGGAAGAGAAAAACAAGAAAACUCAAAAAACAUUAAACUCUUUUUUUUCUAAAGUUGAGAAACAUAAGCUAACUGAUCAAAGUGAUUCUGAUAACAAAAGGCAAAAAACUAGUAAUAAUUAGGCAGUUUAAUAAAAUAUUUGUUGAAUAAUUAA